AGCACAGUCACUGAGAUAUAGAAGCCGGCUCAGAUUUGUAAAGGAACAGUUAGGAAAAGCUGCUGCACUGAAACACAUGGGGUUUGGAGAGCAUAAAGAAAUAAAGAGGAUUUCCUAUUCCAGAUACCAAGACUGUUACUUGAAAGACUGCUUCUACUUUAAAUCCCAGCUGCCACAAAGAAGAGUUUUUAUUUUACUGAGCCAAUGCAGAUUGCUGUAUUGCAUGUUGAAUGCAGUUUGGCAGCUUUAUAUUUACCAACACUAACAAAUAACAACAAUAACAAAAGUAACUGAAGACUUCAGCAGCAAUACUGCGUUUGAUAUGUUUUGGUUCAUUUAAUAUUUUGAUAUAACACAAAAUACACAAAAAAACAUUUGGAAUGCAAUUGCAAAAUAAAAUAGAUAGCAGUGUACAGAAGUAGAGAAGACACCAUAUGCUUGUCUGGAGCAAAACUGCAAGAUGAAUGAACAUAUGGAUUUAAAAAAAGGCAUUUGGUGGUCUCUGCUAGCACUGACUCUGUACAUGCAUUCACCUGCACUUGGUACUCUAGAGGCAGCUGUAAGACUUGAUAGCCGAAACUUCCUGUCUGUGGCACUGCACACUGACAUAUUAUCUCUCACUGAAAAUAGAGAAUAUUAUAUUGUUGAAGUCUAUGAGGUCGACAGAAAUGGAAGGUUUAUCACACAUGACAUAAGCCACAAGCACAGAAAGAAAAGAUCAGCUGCAAAUGUAGAUAAUGAUGCUGUUCAUCUCAAGCUUCAUGGAUUUGGGCAGGACUUACAUUUGGAACUAAAAGUUACAGAGAGAUUAUUAGCUCCUGGAUUUAAAAUUCAAACAUUUGGAGAAGGAAGAACUAAGUCCAUAAAGACAUUCUCAUCUCAAGAUUUCUGCUUUUACCAAGGCUCUGUAGUAUCCCAUGAAAAUUCAUCAGUAGCUCUUUCAACUUGCAGUGGCUUGUCAGGUUUAAUAAGGACACAAGAAGCUGAAUACUUUUUGAAGCCAAUGCCUAGGCAUGUAGCACUCAAACACAAUUACUCUUCUUCAGAUGGCAGCCAACAUCAUGUUCUCUACAAAAGAUCCCUUGACAAGCUUCUUUACAAGAACAAUGAUAUUAAUACAGUUCAAACGCAACAAGAACUGAUAAAUCAGAAAUGGCAGCACUUGGAUACUGUUUCUCAUCAUGACAGCCACCAGGAAAUGAACCAAAAAUAUGAAAGGCUCGAAAAACAGCACUAUUGUGGAAGACGCAAGAAAUAUAUUCCAAAACCUCCAAAAAAAGAUAUGUAUAUUUUUCCAGAUGAAUAUAGAUACCAAGGAAGAUUCAAACGAUCACUUAUUAAGUUGUCAAAAAGUAAACAGCUAAAUGUGGAAACUCUUGUGGUGGUUGACAAGAAGAUGAUGCAGAAUCAUGGGCAUGAAAACAUUACUACCUACGUGUUGACAAUACUUAAUAUGGUAUCUGCUUUAUUCAAAGAUGGAUCAAUAGGAGGAAAUAUAAAUAUUGCCAUUGUUGGUCUAAUUCUUCUGGAAGAUGACCAGCCUGGCCUGAUUAUCAAUCAUCAUGCUGACCACACAUUGAGUAGUUUCUGCCACUGGCAGUCUGGUCUUGUGGGAAAAGAUGGAAGCCGCCAUGAUCAUGCAAUUCUGCUUACUGGUUUGGACAUAUGUUCAUGGAAAAAUGAACCAUGUGACACUUUAGGAUUUGCUCCAAUAAGUGGUAUGUGCAGCAAAUAUCGCAGUUGUACAGUUAAUGAGGAUACAGGGCUGGGUUUGGCUUUUACCAUUGCUCAUGAGUCUGGUCACAAUUUUGGCAUGGUCCACGAUGGAGAGGGUAAUAUGUGCAAAAAAUCUGAAGGUAACAUAAUGUCACCAACAUUGGCUGGACACAAUGGCGUCUUCUCGUGGUCAUUUUGUAGCCGACAAUAUUUAUACAAAUUUUUAAGCUCUGCUCAAGCAGUUUGUCUUGCUGAUGAUCCUAAGCCUGGAAAAGAAUAUAAAUAUCCUGAAAAGCUACCAGGAGUGUUAUAUGAUGCUAACAUACAGUGCAAAUGGCAGUUUGGAGAAAAGGCCAAGCUCUGCAUGUUGGAUUUUAAAAAGGAUAUCUGUAAGGCGCUUUGGUGCCACAGAGUUGGAAGGAAAUGUGAGACAAAGUUUAUGCCAGCAGCUGAAGGCACCAUAUGUGGGCACGAUAUGUGGUGCCGAAGAGGCCAGUGUGUAAAUUAUGGAGAAGAAGGGCCUAAAGCCACGGAUGGUCAGUGGUCAGAAUGGUCAACAUGGUCACCUUGUUCAAGAACAUGUGGAGGAGGAGUCUCAUACAAAGAACGUCAAUGUACUAACCCACGGCCUUCUCAUGGGGGUAAAUUCUGUGAAGGUUCCUCACGAGUAAAUAAGUUAUGCAACAAUCAGAGUUGUCCCAAAAAUAACAUUGAUUUUAGAGCCCAGCAGUGUGCAGAGUAUAACAGCAAGCCAUUCAGAGGCUGGUACUACAACUGGAAGCCCUACACACGAGUGGAAGAACAUGAAUACUGUAAACUCUAUUGUAUUGCUGAAGGAUUUGACUUCUUCUUUUCACUAUCGAACAAAGUAAAGGACGGAACAACAUGUUCUGAAUACAGCAAUAAUGUGUGUAUUGAUGGGAUUUGUGAGACAGUUGGAUGUGACCACCUUCUUGGCUCUAAUGCAGUUCAAGAUAUCUGCGGUGUUUGCAAAGGGGAUAAUUCUACAUGUAAGGUUUACAGGAGUCACUACACAAAACAACACUACUCUAACCAGUAUUACUCAAUAGUCACCAUUCCCGCUGGAGCACGCAGUAUACGCAUUAAUGAAAUGAACAUCUCUACCUCGUAUAUCUCCAUAAGAAAUAAUGAGAAAAAAUACUACCUCAAUGGACACUGGACUGUAGACUGGCCUGGACAAUAUAAAUUUGCAGGCUCAGUUUUUCACUACAAGAGACCAUUUAAUAAUCCAGAAAGUCUGAGCACAGCUGGACCCAUCAAUGAAACACUAGUAGUUGAGAUAUUUCUUCAAGGUAAAAACCCAGGAAUUGCGUGGGAAUACUCAAUGGCAAAAUCAGUGAGUGUCAAAAAGCCAACUAUAAAGCACAAUUAUACAUGGGCCAUAAUUAAAUCAGAGUGUUCUGUCUCUUGUGGAGGAGGUCACAUGAACACCAAGGAAGGGUGUUACAAAGACAUGCGUGUUCAAGUUAAUACUUCUUUCUGCAGUGCCAAGAAUCGACCAGUUACUGGACCUCUCCCAUGCAAUCCACAACCCUGUCUGCCUAGGUGGUCAGUUGGCAACUGGACAGAGUGCAGUCAAACAUGUGGUAGUGGAGAACAGUUUAGACAAGUUCAGUGCAAACAAAGAAAACAUUUCAAACUGGAGAUUGUAGCAAACAAACUGUGCACCAUGCCUCCCCCACUUCAUAGGCAGAUAUGUAACACGCAGAGCUGCCCACCAGCAUGGAGUGUUGGAACUUGGUCAGAAUGUUCCCGAACAUGUGGCAAAGGAUGGAGAAAAAGGACUGUUGUUUGCAAGAGUACAAACCCUUCUCUUCAUGCUCAGGUUCUCCCUGAUGGUGCCUGCACCACAGAAUUUAAACCUGUAAUACAGGAAAUCUGUAUAGUUAAACGGUGCAACAAACCUAAAAAACUCCAGUGGAUCAUUUCCAACUGGUCAGAGUGUUCUACCACUUGUGGAUCUGGGUCCCAAAGAAGAAUACUGAGAUGUAUAGAAAAAUAUGUCUCUGGGAAAUACAGAGAGUUUGGUCCAAAAAAAUGUUCACACUUGCAAAAACCAAAUAUGGAGCUGGAAAGAACUUGCUUGCAGGCCGAAUGCCUAAAAUAUCGCUAUUACUCUGUGGUUAAUCAGCAAAGAGGUUCCUGGUACUCUUCUGAGUGGUCUCAGUGUACUGUAAGCUGUGGAGGAGGUAUGCAAGUACGCAUCGUGCAGUGCCUUAGUAAUGGAAAACCAGCAACAAGGUGUCAACCCCAUCAAAAACCAAAAUCAUCACAAGCCUGCAAUACUGACUUCUGUCCAUCUGAAAAGAAAGAUAAUUUAUGCAAAGAUUACUUUAAUUGGUGCUACUUGGUCCCUCAGCAUGGCAUGUGCAAUCACAAAUUUUAUGGCAAGCAGUGCUGCAAAUCGUGUUCAAAGUCAAAUGUGUAAAAAAAAAAACAUCUUGGAAUUACACUGAUUUCAGCAAUGUAAUGGACAAUUUUCAGGGCUAUAAGAACCUUUUAACUUUUUUGUACUUGAGGGCCUCUAAAAUAAAAGAUAAAUCAAGCCACCAAUUUUCAUAUAACUUUUUUUUUACUUAGCCAUAACAUUUCUCUUCUGUGGAAUGGAUGAUAAUGUUGGCUAUCUUUAUGCUGGAACCUACAGAGAAGCUUUCAAAAGAAAAGUGUUGCAUUUAUAUGGUGUGGAUUAAGUUUUACACAUAAUUUUAUCCCACACACUGUAUGCUGUAACAAGAACUCUUCUGAAGAGACCUGUUUGUGAGGUUCUUCUUUCAAUGUGCUAUUGAAAUAGCGCUUCCUACAGCUGGCUUCAGGCAAUCAUAAGAAUAUUUUAUUUCAAUGACUUGGAACUCUCAGCCACAUUGUAAAAUGUUAUUCAUUGUCAUAAUACAGUAGACAUAAGACCAUUAUUUCACUGUAUUCACACUUAAAAACAAAACAAAACAAUGGUGCUAACAACGUUUUAUUUUAAAUGCAUAAUUAGGCUCAUAUAUUAUAGUUUCUUAACAUUAAUGCAUUCAUUUGUUACAUAAAAAUUACAUCCAAAACUACAUACAAAAUUUGUACACACAGAACAUUGUAACCCUUCUUGAUACUACUUUCUACAACUUCCCUUAAUACAUAUAUUAUUGUCAAUGUACCGGGUGAAGCAGUUGAUUGGACUGGGUAUGAUAGCUUCUACCGGAGGGCUCAGCUUUCACAACCAGAUGUGUGCUUACCAGACAAUUGGAAAAUUAGUACAAUGACAUUUAUUUCUCUCAAGUUAAUUGCCUACCGUAUGAUAUCUCAGCACCCAUUAGUGGAUUCUGUGCUUUACAGAGCACUGGGCAAAACUAGUGAUAGUCUGCCCAAACAUAAAAAGAAUGUAGGGUGUCUGUAUAGCAACUUGAAAACAAUUUUCCAUAAUUGAAUCUAAUAAACGAUAUAAUCAAUAUUUCAAUAUAAUUCAAUAUUUUUAAAGCACAUGACCAGUAAAGCUAACUUCUCACUGACUCAUAUGGCUUAGAAAUUCAAUCACACUCAGAAUAGAUAGUUACUUAAGAUUCUGUUUUUGUGAUGCCUUGAACAAUAGAACAGUUUGAAUACUUCAAAAAUUGACUGUAACGCAUUGGGAUUAUUCCUUUAUCAGCAGUGUGCUUAACGUAGCUUAACUAUUUCCAGAGUGCAAAGUACUGGAUAUUAGGGCCACAAAAAUACAUUUAGAAAGUGUAACACUUUUACAGAUCCAUGCCAGUCAAACUUAAUCAUAACCCCGAUUGUCUCUAAUAUAUACAUAAUUGUAAUACAUUAUAGUAAAGGGUUACAAAAAUCUGUCAUUUUUAAGGUGCUUCAAAAUUACACAAGGUUACUGUACUGUCAAAGGCUUUAUACAUCACAAUACUGUUAAUUGGUUCAACAACAGAUUGUACAGAUCAAAAGCUGCACAUUUUACUGUUGAUAACUAUCAAGAUGUCAGUUUUGGUGCUGCAUUGGUUACUUCAUGACAACCUUCAUUUAAGGGAUUAUUGCCAAUGAUUGCUGACUCAUUGAGUAGGGUUAAAUCUUGUAAAAUGUAUUGCUAAAUAUUUAUAAAUUCAUUUCAAUAAACUUUUUUUAAGAAAACA